UCAUAGGAGUAUAAAAUGUUAAUUGUCUACCUAUAUGUCAGUGAAAAAAGUACAACUUCUGAUAUGUGACUGCAAAUCUAUAGUAUUUGACAGAUCAUCAUGACCAGCACGUCGAGGGGGCCAAAUCAUUUUUCAGAAGGUGUUAAUAGGAUGUAAAGUAAUAAUAUCAAAAUAGCAGGAAUCAUAUAUAAAAUACAUAAGGAGUGCAACUUUGUCGGGGCAGACCAGAUAAUUCACUGGAGCAUUGUUAGCAGCAAAAAAGUAAAAGCCAUUAUGACAUUUAGACAAACAGUUUCUGCUGAAAUUAGUACUCUGCAUGUUAGUGACAGCGAAGACAUCAUUUGAAUGUUGUGUUGAUGAAAAUGUAGGCCAUGCACAAUGGAUGGAUACUGAACUGAGUUGACUAAUAUUACUAAUAUUGUCGUGUACUGACAAAGAAGGAUUUUAACAACAAUGGGAACGAAAGGAAAUAUAACUUUACUGAACUUCUUUGUCUUCAAUGCCUCUUAUGGACCAAGGGAAGGCGAGGAAGAAAAGAAGAUCAUGUAUUAUCAUCCAAAGUCAAAUGAUGUUGACACAAGGAUAAAACAAGUUGGUCUUUGUGAAGCAGUUGUCAAAUUUACAGAGACAUUUGCUGACAAGCCUUGUAAUAGUAUACAUACACAGAAGACAAGGCAGUUGUUUUAUGAACCAGAACCUGAAUUUUGGAUGAUCAUGACUGUCAGUAUCCCAUUCUCAGAGAAGACCAAGGACCAUUCCUCCUACUUAGAGUACCAUGAAGAAGAUGUGCAGGACUCUGUAUUUGAGGCUAUUCUGCGGCAGGCCUACAGAAUGUUUCAGUUAUUUAACGGGUCCUUUUCAAACAUAUUAACAAAGUCCAACAAUGACAUCAAGGCCUUACAGGUUAGAUUGGAUCAUUUCUACACAAGGUACUUGCAGACACUAAAGUUAGGAUCUGCUGACAUCUUGGAUAUUUUUUGUGGGAUUCAUUUUAUGCCGUUAGACAAAAACACUUAUCUGCGUGUACAAUGCUUCAUCAACCUCCUGGAAGCCAUGUUUUCAGUAGUAAAGUACACAGCCUUUCUGUACAACGACCAGCUUGUGUGGAGUGGCUUGGAACAGGAUGACAUGAGAAUAAUGUACAAGUAUCUGACCACAAGUCUAUUCCCAACAUACCAGGAACAGGAACUCCAGGGCAGCAGUGUAUCACCAACAAGAGUCCCCUCUCCAGCACACUCUGCUGUACACUAUGGGAAAUUUAUCACUGGACCACCCAAUAUGCGAGAUGACUCUAACAUGGGGAAGAUUCCUCUGGUGUACAUGAAUACUGAGGUUGACAAUGAGGAGUGUCACCUUCUGGUUUAUAGAGCUCACAAUGCCAGUGUUUGUAUGCUUAUCAAUGUGUCCGUCCAAAUGACAUUUGAUCUCUGUCGAAAGCUGGACAUAUUUUUGGGACCACAGCUCACACAGAUUGCUUCAGAUAUAGGAGAACAAUAUUCCAAACGGCCAAAUAACAGUGGUGACCCAUUGUGCAAAUAUAUCUACUUCAACCAAAUGAACUUGGCUCAGAAAUCCACGGUGCACUCGGACAAGAAAUCCAUGCCAGUCCAGAUUCCCAUGGAGACAUUGCGACUUCUCAGUGACAUUAGCUCAGAUAUGUCCAGAUGCAGUGAAGAUGGAGAAACCAUUGUGAAAACAACAGGGGACAAUUGGGUUGUUGGGAAAAAAUCUGACCAAAGAGAAUUCUACGUAGUGAUCAACCAGAAAAACACUAAUCUUAUAGAAAUUAACGAUGAAGUGAAGAGGCUGUGUGCUAGCAAUUUCAACAGCAUAUUCUUUUUGGACUAAUUUUAUUGAAAAGAGGGAAGGUGGGGUGGAAUGGGAGAAUAGGGAGGGACUAUUGUACAAGUGGAUAGAUAUAGUAUAGGAAUUAACUUCCCUAAACUCUAUGGUUAUACAGAGAUGUAGGGGAUUUACUUUCCUGAAAGUCGUCAUUUACAUUAGUGUGUGGAACUAUGUUUUCCAAACCUUUAAAUAUAUACUAGUGAGAGAGUCUUACUUUUCAAAAGCUUUUUAAUACCUUGGAUAUGUACCAGUGCAGUGGACUGAUUUCCUAAUGUCUUGAAAUUUGACAGGGAUUUAAAUGUUAUCUGAAAAUUUGAUAGGAGCACAAGUAUAGAAUGUUAGUAAUAAUACUUCAGUACCAUAGCUAAUUACAUAUCAUCAGGACCACACCUUAUUACACUAAGUGUUACAUUACUGUGAUGAUGAGGAUGCAAAACUCAACUGAAUUCCUGUUUCACAGACAGUGAAAACUCAAUCAACAGUGAGUCUCUGUUUCACAAACAGUGAAAACUCAAACAAGAGUGAGUAUUUAUUUCAGAGACAGUGAAACCUUGAUCAAGACCAAGCACCUGUUUCACUGUCAGUGUAGCUCAACCAAGACUGGGUGUCUGUUUUACUGUCAGUGUAGCUCAACCAAGACUGGGUGUCUGUUUUACUGUCAGUGUAGCUCAACCAAGACUGGGUAUCUGUUUCAUGCACAGCAAAAACCCAACCAAGACUGGGUACCUGUUUUACUGUCAGUGUAGCUCAACCAAGACUGGGUAUCUGUUUCAUAGACAGUGAAAACCCAACCAAGAGCAAGUAUUUGCUUCAGAAAGAGUGAAAACUUGAAUAAGAGUGAGCAUCUGUUUCACAGACUGAAAAUCAGCUAAAUGCAAGUAUCUGUUUCGCCUACCAUGUAAACUCGACCAAGAGUCAGUCCACAGACAGUGGCUAUAUUUUAGUCCGACAUGGAUAUUGAUUACUCAGAAAGAAUCAGAUAUCUUAACACUUGUUUAUUGUGUCAGUGAAAUUGACUUUUAAUUUGUUAUUAAAUUAUUUUAUACCUAACUUAUUUUCUUAUGCCUGUAAGUGUAUUGAGUCUGUGAAUAUAACUGUAUCAUUUGAUUA